GUGUGUUGUGUCCUUUGCCUCUCUCCCUCUCUCUCUCUUUCUCUCUCUGCCCAAAACGAAUUAAGGACAUCCGAACAUCAAUGGCCUUUUAUCUUCCUCUGUUGCAUUCAAAAAAUUGCAUUUCAAACCCAUCUCGCAAGUACCCGCCACUAUUAUCUUCGAGCUCGAACCAUACUUCUCCUCCAAUUCUUCAUCUUCUUCAUCAUCCCAUAACCAAAAUAUCAACCCUACACAGACUGUCUUCGUGCACAAACUUUGCAUUUUCUCCUCUAAUUACCAUCCAGAUUGUAAAAAAAUGCUUCUCACAGAGGCAAUCCACCCAAAAACAAGACGAAGAAGAAAUAGAAGAAGAAGAAGAAGAAGACGCAGAAGAAGGGGAAAUUCAAUUCGAGAGGCUAUUUUCCAAUCUCAAUCAAGCUACUCUGAAGGGAGAACCUGGAAGCCUUAUCAGUGCUAUUUUCCUAGUCGCUGGCACCACCGUAGGUGCAGGGAUCCUUGCAAUACCUGCAGUGACACAAGAAGCUGGGUUUCUGGCAUCUGCAGUUACCUGCAUUCUUUGUUGGGCAUUUAUGGUUGUGAGUGGACUGCUCAUUGCUGAAGUAAAUGUGAAGACAAUGUGUGAACUGGGUUCUGGUGGUGUGUCAUUGGUAAUUUUUUGUGCUUUAUCUACUCCAAGCUUGCAAUGCUUUGCACAUGUACGCUUACAAUGCUUUUUUCUUCAAGAGGGCAGAGUAUUGAUAAUAAUUAAUAUGUAAUCGCUCACAAUUAAAACUUCAUUGAAUUUUGCACUCUUUUUGCUACAUGUAGUGGAAGCACAUUUUUUGGAAAUAGUGGAAGAUGUGAGUAACAGAAGAUGAUAAAUAUUGUUCUUAUUCACCGUCGGAAUGAAGGAAAAUUUAGGUGCUCAAAAGCAAGUAGAGAAUGUGAAUCAUAUCUGUCUAUACU